AUGAGAAUCGAUCUGAAACUAUAUCGCAUAAACAAUGUAAACAUUGCUAUGAACAUAGAAAACGUAAUUCCUCUAUAUGGAAGGGGUGGAAACGAGGAGCAUCCUGAAGACCCUCGAAAGAAGCCACGUGCGCGACCAAAAGGAGAGAGACCGCCUGUUCAAAAUCGAAGAAAUUGGUUCGGUUGGGGAAACGACUCCGAUGAUGGAAAUCAAGUCCAGUUUCACUUCGGAGCGGGCUUCCCAUUUUUCCCAUUUGUAUACGCAGGAUACAAUACUGGUCCCGAAAUUGGUGGACGUAUGGGCGUGAGGCCAACAGCAGCUGAAAAUUCGUCUCAGGCAGCAUCGAGAUUUUUCCUUAUUCUCGCGGCCAUUUUAUUGUGGGUUCUUCUUACCAACUAG